AUGAAUCACAACUUCACAGUGGAGUUGCGCAUACUCUGGCACAACUGCGACCAGCAGUUUUGGAUGCCGAAAGGAAGAGCUGUUGUCAAGAAGACAAUCAACCACUGUCAAGGCUGUCGAAGAUGGAAGGCAAAGCCAUAUCAAUUACCGCAGUUUCCUGCACAUUCGAAAAAUCGAGUAAAUCCGUCAGGAGCCUUCCAACAUAUAGGGAUGGACUACAUGAGUCCAAUCAACGCAGCAACAGUGAAUGUACCAAUUCUAUGCGACAACACAAUUCAAUCCAAGUUGGCAGCUAAGACAGCCGAAACUGUAAUCAAACACAUCAGCCGAGAACUAGAAGAUUACGGUUCAACAAGUGCUAUCGAUUGGAAGUUUACAACCGAAUCAACGCCAUGGAAAGGUGUCUUGUAUGAAAGCUUGGUGGGUCUCGUCAAGGAAUCGUUUCUAGUACCGUAG